CCGCGCCGCCGCUCCGUCCUCCUGCGCUUCUGCCUGCAGGGCUUGAAGAUGCUCGGCCGCGACGGCGAGGCGCCGCUCAUGGCCCACGCGCUCAAGCGCCUCGCCUACAGCACCUGCAGGCCGGCCGACCGCCAGUUCGCCUUCCUGGCGCGCAACCCGCGCGGCGCCCGCGGCAGCCUCUUCUGCCACCUCUUCGUGGGCAGCCAGCCCGGCGAGGUCCAGGCGCUGCACUACCUCCUGUGCCGCUUCUUCCAGCUGGGCUACCUUCUCCUGCACCCCGAUGAACAGGAGUGGUCCUCCUCUUCCUCCGGCGCCUCUGCCCAGCAAGACUCCGGGAAGCUCCUGGGCGCCUCUCUGGACAGCCAGGUGGUCUGGGAGUCCCUCAACCCCGAGGAGGUCUCCCAGAACGUCAACGCCCUGGUCUCCUUCCGGAGGCUGCCCUGCCCCACAGAAUUUGGGCCCUCGGUCAGCGUGAGAGAGAGGCUAGACCUGGAGGAAACCAGCGGCAGCGUGGGCAGUGCCCGUCCUGGAAACCCCUAUUGUUCCCCAAUUCUGGUGCGCAAGAAGGCGAUUCGCAGCAAGAUUCUCCGUUCUGGGGCCUACCGAGGUUGUACCUUUGAGGCGGGCUCUCAGCAGGGCGCCUGGGAAGGAUUUUCUUCCAGCUGCGAUGGCAAAGGGAGCCUGCUUCAUCUGCCAGAAAACGAGAACGAUCUGAGGGAGAGUGUGUGGUCCUUUGCGGGCAUCAACAGAGAUGCCGGCCUGGCGCUGCUGAGGAAUGACAUGCUGGGGGCUUUUCUUCUGUGGGCUGAGUCAGGAUCCACCCAUCAGUGGUGCCUGGCAGUGAGGACCCGCUGUGGCGUGGUUCCAUAUCAAAUUUACCGCAGCCAGCUGGGGAAGUACUCAGUUGAGCAUUUGAAUGUAGAAUUCCCCAGCAUGGAAGCCUUGCUAGACAAUUACUCCGGUGUUCGUGCAGGCCUGUUCUGCUCCUUGGGUGCAGGACGAAUCAACCAUGGUUAUGAGGAGCAAGACGGUCCGGCCGAGGAUCUCUGGGGAGAAGAGCGAACUCGCCGGAAGUCCUCAUGGCUGUUUGGGGCCAGUCGGUCUCUGGCUGUGCAGCACGAGGUGGAAGGAUGCUUAGCCGGGUCCCUCUCUUAG